CCCCUUCCUAAUCCAUUCCCAGUAUUUCAGGCCAGUUGGACAGUAUCAGAAAAAGGGACACUAUUAAAUAAGAGCGCAUCAUGCAGAGGAAUGGUUUUAUAUCCAAGUGGCUUGGUCUGUUUCUCCUGCUUCUCUCCUUCCAUUUUGGGGAUAUCUCAGCAUCGACAAUAGAACCCCCCAGAGAGUUUCAGGAACCUCCGAUCUGCAGAGGAGAAUCUUCACGGUUGGAUGAUGAGGACGAUGAAGAUUUUGGUGACGAACCUGACGAUGAACCUAACCCAAUUGCUCCCUUCUGGACAAGAACUGUCAAGCACACUCUUGAUAGAGGUCAGAUAGACAUGGGGUCUGUUCCAGUUGGAAAUACUGUCAAAUUUCGCUGCCAAGCUUCCGGCCGGCCGCUGCCUUCCAUCACUUGGCUGAAAAACGGCAAAAGGAUCACAGAACCAGAUGUAUUGCACCGCAUGAAACUACGGCCGCAGCAUUGGACCCUGAUGAUAACAAAUGUCACUUUCUCUGAUGGAGGGAAUUACACCUGCCUAGUGAGGAACAGAUAUGGUGCCCGUUGCCAUACCUACUACCUAACUGUUGAAAAUUUCGCCCUGCACCGCCCGACUUUAGAGGUGGGUUUUCCAGCCAAUCAGAUCGUGGUGGUUGGGAGUGAUGCAGAAUUUACUUGCAAAGCUGACAGCCCAAGGCCCAUUUCGAUGCAGUGGCUGAAACAAAACGAGGUCAAUGGAAAGAAAUAUGGGCCAGAUGGGCUCCCUUACAUCACCACUCUCAAGACAACAAAUGAAACGUUUGAUGUUCUCCGUUUGCACAACGUUACAUCUGAGGAUGCUGGGGAAUACAUCUGUUUAGCUGGGAACCCGAUUGGUAUUUCCUUUCGUUCAGCUUGGCUCACUGUCUUACCAGAGCCCCGAACUGACCCAACUUCUAAGGAUUCUUUGGUUCAAUCCGGCAACAAAGACUUAGCUUCGGCAUUCAAUGUACUUCAGGACCUUCUGGAUAGGAGACUGUUUUCCUUGGAAAGGCGCCUUUCCGAGUUAGAAAAACACGUCUUCAGUGCAAAGAACAGCAACUAAGAGUCAAUGAAGACAUGAAGCGGCAUUUCUUAUUUCAUGCCUCAUUUACAGUAUCACUGAUAUAUUUCCAAAAAAAAAGCCUUCUUUUCAAAGGUUAGUAUCUUUGGAAUACUGACCAGAACACAAAGAGAAGCAAGCUGAAUUCAUAUUUUUAGAUACAGAAAAAGCUUUUGACAAUUUGAACUUGGGAACUUUUCUUGUUUAGAGUUCUGGUGGAAAUGAACUUUAUUAAACGAAUCUGAUCGAUUUAUAUUUCACAGAAAGCUGAGAACUAAUUUAUAAGGAUGUGCAACCUGUAUACAUGUUGGAUAAUAAGAUAUUAAUAAAUAAUUUGAUGAAAAGA